AUGCAAGGGCGGCGGGCAAGGCCCGCCGAGCCAGCCCGAUACGGGCGGGUGGGCCACGAGGUCUGCCCAGCAGGCCUGGUGCAGGCAGGCGGGCGGGCCACAAGGUCUGCCCAGCAGGCCUGGUGCAGGCAGGCGGACGGGCCACAAGGUCUGCCCAGCAGGCCUGGUGCAGGCAGGUGCAGCGGGCAGGGCGGCAAGGUCUGCCCAGCAGGCCUGGUGCAGGGCGAAUACGGCGGGUGGGCCACCCAGAGGUCUGCUCCCAGCAGGCCUGGUCAGGCAGGCGGGCGGGCCACAAGGUCUGCCCAGCAGGCCCUGGUGCAGGCGGUGGCAGGGCGUGCCACAAGGUAUGCAGCAGGCUGGUGCAGGCAGGCGGGCGGGCCACAAGGUCUGCCCAGCAGGCCUGGUGCAGGCAGGCGGGCGGGCCACAAUAAAGGUCUGCCAGGCAGGGCCGGUGGGCCCGGGCAGGCGGGUGCGGCCAUUAAGGAGGGCCCACAGGCCUGUCAGGACCUUCUGGCGGGCGGGGGCAACCAAGGUCUGCCCAGCAGGCCUGGUGCAGGCAGGGGGCGGGGGCCACAGGUCUGCCCAGCAGGCCUGGUGGGCCAGGCAGGCGGGCGGGCCACAAGGGUCCCUGCCCAGCAGGCCUGGUUGCAGCAGGCGGGCGGGCCACAAGGUCUGCCAGCAGGCCUGGGUGCAGCAGGUGGGGGGCCAACAGGUCCUGCCCAAACAGGCUUGUGCGGCAGGCGGGCGGGCCACAAAGGUCUGCCCCAGCAGGCCUGGUGCAGGCAGGCGGGCGGGCCACCAAGGUCUGCCCAGCAGGCCUGGUGGGGCAGGCAGGCGGGCGGGCCAAAAGGUCUGCCCAGAGGCCUGGAGGCAGGCCUCUGCAGGCAGCGGGCGGGCCAAAAGGUCCUGCCCAGCAGGGCCUGGUGGAGGCAAAGGUGCGGGCGAGGCAACAAAGGUAUGGAGCAGGCCUGGUGCCAGCAGGCUCGGGGAGGCAAAAGGGUAUGCCUCUGCAGGCAGUGGCGGGCGGGCCAACCAAGCGGUCUGCCAGCAGGCCUGGUGCGGCAGGCGGGCGGCGGGCCAACAAGGUCUGCCCAGAGGCCUGGUCAAGGGCAGGGCGGGCGCCACAAGGUCUGCCCAAACAGGCCUUGUGCAGGGCAGGCGGGUGGGGCCCACAAGGUCUGCCCCAAGCAGGCCCUGGUGGGGCAGGCGGGCGGGCCAAACAAGGUCUGCCCCAAGCAGGCCUGGUGGGGGCAGGCGGGCGGGCCACAAGGUGGUCUGCCCAAGCAGGCCUGCAGGCUAAGGUUUGGUGGGGCAGGCGGGCGGGCCAACAGGGUCUGCCCAGCAAGGCCUGGUGGGCGGGCAAGGCGGGCUGCCAACAAGGGUCCUGCAGCAGGCUGGUGGCAGGCAGGCGGCCGGGCAGGAAGGUCCUGCAAGAGGCUGGUCGGCGGGCAGGGACGGGCCCGCCACAGGGUCUGGGCCCAAAGGCCAGGCCUGGUGCAGGGCCAAGGCGGGCGGGCCACAAGUCAGCAGGCAGGCCUGGUGCCCGCAGGCCUUGGUGAGGGCAACCGGCGGUGCGGGCCACACGGUGCCCCAGCAGGCUUGGUGCAGGCAGGCGGGGGCAGGCCACAGGUCUGGCCAAGGCAGGCUGGUGCAAGGCCAGGCGGCAAGGGCCACAAGGUCUGGGCCCAGCAGGCCCUGGUGCAGGCAGGCGGGCGGCGCCCACAUGGUCUGCAGGCCUGGUGCGGGCAGGCGGGCGGCCCACAAGGUUCUGCCCAAGCAGGCCUGGUGCGGGCAGGCGGGCGGGCCCCCACAAGUCUGCCCAGCAGGCCUGGUUGGCAGGCGGGGCGGGCGGGGCCCACAAGGUCUGCCCAGCAGGCUGGUGCAGGGUUGCAGGCAGGGGGGCCACAAGGUCUGCCCAGCAGGCCUGGUGCGGGCAGGCGGGCGGGCCCACAAAGGUCGCCCAAGCAAGCCUGGUGGCGGCAGGCGGGCGGGCCACCAAGGUCGGGCCAGGCAGGCCUGCAGGGCAGGCGGGUGGGGCAAAGGUCCUCUGGCCAGCAGGCCUGCAGCAGGCCUUGGUGCGGCAGGCGGGCGGGCCAACAAAGGUCUGGCCAAGCAGGCCUGGUGGGGGAGGCCGGGCCGGGCCACCAAGGUCUGGGCCCAGCCCAGGACCUGGGUGCCGGCAGGCCUAAGGUGCCGGGCAGGCCGUCGGGAGGCCACAGGGUCUGCCCAGCAGGCCUGGUGCGGGCAGGGCGGGCGGGCCACAGGGUCUGGGCCAAAGCCAAGGCCUGGUGCAGGCAAGGGCCGGCGGCCACAAGGUUCUGGCAAGCCAAGGCCUGGUGGCGGGCAAGGCGGGGCGGGCCACAAGGGUCUGCCCAAGAAAGGCCUGGUGCAGGCAAGGGCGGCCGGCCAACAAUGUCAGGGCCCAACCCGCAGCCUGGUUGCCGGCAGGCCCUUGGUGCCGGCAAGCGGGCAGGCCCACAAGGUCCCUGCCCAGCAGGCCUGGUGAGGCAGGCGGGCAGGCCAAGGCAAGGUCCUGGGCCAAGCAGGCCUGGUCAUUGGGCAAGGCCGGGCAGGGCCACAAAGGUCUUGGCCCAAGCAGGCCUGGUGCAUGGGCAGGCGGGCGGGCCCACAAGGUCUGCCAAGCAGGCCUGGUCCGGGCAGGGGGGCAGGGCCAACCAAGGUCUGGAACCCAAGCAGGCCUUGGUUGGCGGGCCAGGGGGGCCGGGACCACCAAGGUCCUGGCCCAGGCAGGCCUGGUGCCCAGGCAGGCCGGGCGGGCCACCAAAAGGUCCUGGGCCCAAGCAGGCCUGGUUGGGCGGCAAGGCGGGCCCGGCCACCAAGGUCUGGGCCCAAGCAGGCCUGGUGCAGGCAGGGCGGGCCGGGCCCAACAAGGUCUGGCCCAAGCAAGGCCUGGGUGCAGGCAGGGGCGGCCACAAGGUCUGGCCAAGCGGCCUUUGGUGCCGGCAGGGCCCGGCGGCCCAACAAGGUCCUUGGCCCAAGCAGGCCUGGUGGCAAGGCAGGCGGGCGGGCCACCAAGGUCUGCCCAGCAAGGCCUGGUGCGGGCAGGGCGGGCGGGCCCACAAGGUCUGCCAAAGCAGGCCUGGUGCAGGCAGGCGGGCGGGCCCCAGGUCUGCCCACAGGCCUUGGUGCGGGCAUGGGCGGGCAAGCCCACAAGGUUCGGUGCCAAGCAGGCUGGUGGGCGGGCAAGGCGGACCCCCCGGCCGCCACAAGGUCUGCCCAAGCAGGCCUGGUGCCGGCGGGGUGGCGGCGGGGCCACAAGGUCCUGCCCAAGCAGGCCUGGUGCGGCAGGGCAGGUGCCCACAAGGUCCUGCCCAGCCGGCCUGGUGGCGGGCAGGCCGGGCGGGCCACAAGGUCCUGCAACAAGCAGCUGUGGCCGGGCAAGGCGGGCGGGCCAACAAGGUCUGGCCCAAGCAGGCCUGGUGCAGGCCUGGCGGGCGGGCCACAAGGUCCUGCCCAGCAGGCCUGGUGGGCAGGGCAAGGCGGGCGGGCCACAAGGUCUGCCAAUCAGGCUGGUGGAGGCAGGGGGCGGGCCACAGGUCUCCAAGCAUGGCUGGUGGGCAGGCCGGCGGGGCUGGGCCACAAGGUCUGCCAAGCAGGGCCUGGUGUCGGGGCAGGCGGGCGGGCCACAAGGUCUGGGCCCAGCAGGCCUGGGUGCGGGCGAGGCCUGGUGGCCUGGGCGGAGGCGGGCCACAAGGGUCUGGGCCAAGAGGCCUGGUGGGCAGGCGGGGGCGGGCCACAAGGGUCUGCCAAGCAGGGCCUGGUGCAGGCAGGUGGCGGGCGGGCCACAAGGUCUGCCAACCAGGCCUGGUGCGGCAGGCGGGGGCGGGCCACAGGUCCUGCCCAAAAGCAGGCCUGGUGGGGGCGGGCAGGCCUGGUGCUGGCAGGGCGGGCGGGCACAAGGUCUGGCAAAGAAGGGCCUGGUGGCGGGAAGGGGGGCGGGCCACAAGGUCCCUGGGCCAAGGCAAGUCCUGGUGCAGGCAGGGCCGGGGGCGGGCGGCCACAAGUCCUGGGCCCAAGCAGGCCUGUUGGCAGGAGCGGGCGGGCCACAAGGUCUGCCCAGCAGGCCUGGUGCGGCAGGCCUGGUGCAGGCAGGCGGGCGGGCCACAAGGUCUGCCGAGCAUGCCCGGUGCGGGCAGGCAGGUGGCCGGGCCAGAAGGUCUGCCAAGCAGGCCCGGUGCGGGUAGGCAGGCGGGCCACAUGGUCUGCCAAGCAGGCCCGGUGCGGGCAGGCGGGCGGGCGGGCCACAAGGUCUGCCGAGCAGGCCCGGUGCGGGCAGGCAGGGCGGCCGGGCCAGAAGGUCUGCCAAGCAGGCCCGGUGCGGGUAGGCAGGCGGGCCACAUGGUCUGCCAAGCAGGCCCGGUGCGGGUAGGCGGGCGGGUGGGCCACAAGGUCUGCCAAGCAGGCCCGGUGCGGGCAGGCGUGUAA